CCAUUCAUCCCAUUUAUCUUUUCACCCUGCCUUUAUCCUUCAAAAAAAGGACCCCAGGUGGCUUACAUCAUUAAAAGACAUUAUUUAAAGGGUAACAGCAAGGAGUAUACAAAUACUAAAAAAGGUCUAACAAAUACCAUCUCAAAAACAUAAGCAACCUUCAAAGAAGUAAGGCAAAACAAUCUAUGUACUUAAAAACACCACUCGGGCAGCCACAUAGGGAAAGCUUGUCUUCAGAGGGAGCCCUGCGUUUUUUUCCCUCUCUAGAGUCGGUGGCCGUGUUUCUGCUGACAGCAAUCAUGUUUGCUUUUGGGUGUGUUCAACUGUAAGCAGCAAAACCUUUUAGUUCUGUCCGCUCUCCAAGUCUCAGAGCAAGAGGUUGAGACUGUAAGUGCCAGUCGAUGAGGAAGAAGGGCGUGGACUCUCGUUGUCUGGGGGAUCUUGAAGCUCUUCAGCCUUCUGAAUCCCUGCGCUUCUGCUGGGCAGCAAGAAGCAUUUGAGCAGAAAUCUCAAACUCAGCGACACAAACCCCAGCCGCUUCACUUGAUCACCGCAGGACGGCCAGCCUGUCGCAGGAGGGGGGCACACCGUAAAACCUUUCUGUCGGUUUACAAAGCGGUAUUUGUUGCAUUUCAGAAACUGUGUCCCCGAGAAGGCCAGCCAGCAUUCACCCAUCCAAAAUUUUGUCCUCCUCCAAAAUUCUCCUUGGAAGGAAAACUUUUCGUCCGAGACCACCAAGAACGUUCAGUUUUGGGCUUGCAAGUCUGGGAACCAUCUCUUAUUUUGGGUCUCUGCUGCUUUUUUAUUUUAUUUUUUUAACAUCCUGGAUGGCUCUCCUCCGAGCAUCUCCAGGAUAAAAGCGAGGCGGAAGGGGUGAUCCGAUCCAUGGUUCUUUCUUGGAAUGGGUGGAAAUCUUUCCCUCCUGGAUCGUGGGACGCCUCCAGGCUGGGUUGCUGACGUUUUCUUCCCGCGGGGCCCUGGCCAGCGCCUGCUGCCUCGAAGGUGCCAGCUUCCGCCUGGGGACCGUUGCCACGUCCUCGCUGAGUUUUUUCCUCCCCGCUGGGAGAGGCAUUGCUAUGGUGACCGGGUAGGCACAACUCCAGCCAAACCCGGCAGCCAGUCUGGGACGGCAGAGGCUUGGAGAACGCCGAGGAAGAAAGCCACAACAGGCUCCAGGAAGGAAGCGAGUAAGAGACUCAAGGGCCCCGAUCUGAAGAGCCUCUUCCUGUGGCAGGCGCUCCUACGCCGUGAAAGGAAGGUCUUGAGGAUGGAGACCGGCCGGCGUGCCCUAGACAAGCUUCGAGCCAAGUGCCUAGAAAGAGGGGCUUCGGGGAUCAUGGGACUGGCCAGGUUUUUCCGCAAUAUGGAUGACAACAGGAGUAAAACGUUGGACCUUGAGGAAUUUCGAAAGGGUCUACAGGAAGCUGGGGUUCCCCUAGAACAGGGGGACGUGGAGGAGGUUUUUAGCCUCUGUGAUAAGAACAAGAGCGGGAUGCUGGACUUCGAUGAGUUCCUGGAGGCCUUGCGGCCCCCCAUGUCCAAAGCCAGGAAGGAUGUCAUUGGUGAUGCAUUCCAGAAACUGGACAGGACUGGGGAUGGACUGGUAACUGUGGAGGACCUCCGGGGGGUGUACCACUGCCACGGGCACCCCAAGUUCAAGAGCGGGGAAUGGACGGAAGAUCAGGUGUUCCGGGCCUUCCUGGACAACUUUGACUCCCCCGGUGACAAGGAUGGGAAGAUCACAGCCGAGGAAUUCCUGAACUACUACAGUGGCGUAAGCGCUUCGAUCGACAGCGAUGAAUAUUUUGUGGACAUGAUCAAGUCAGCCUGGAAGCUGUAGGGGGCCCAGCUUGAGCCGCUCACUCCCACAUGGGGAAGCUUAGACAAGAUUACACAGAUUCCGUAGCAGAUUCUCCAGGGACCUUUUAUCUGCAGGGAACGCUGGCUCUGAAAGCAGAACCUGGUGGCCCAGAUGGGUGCCCUGUCAAAGGCUCCUCUAUUCUAGAUGAAAAACCUCACAGCUAGAAAGCUAGCUAGUGUUCCAUUACCUUGAUGCUUUCACUUCAUGGGAUCCGCCCUCUGAGUAAAAUGUAUGUAUGCAACAUUA